AUGGCUUCCAACGGUAACGAGGGAGGCCCAGUUGCGCAGGAGAAGAUCAACACCGACAUCAUCACUCUCACGCGAUUCCUCACUGAAGAGCAGACCAAGUACGCGGAGGCAACAGGAGACUUCACACUACUAUGCCACGCACUGCAAUUCGCCUUCAAGAGCAUUGCCUACUACAUCCGGAGAGCAACACUCAUCAACCUCACCGGCCUCCAAGGCACAUCCAACACAACCGGCGACGACCAAAAGAAACUCGACGUAAUCGGCGAUGAGCUCUUCAUCUCCGCCAUGCGCUCCUCAGGCCGCGUGCGCCUCCUCAUCUCCGAAGAGCAAGAAGAAGCCAUCGUCUUCAACGAGCACCCCAACGCGCGCUACGCCGUAGCCUGCGACCCCAUCGAUGGAUCCUCCAACCUCGACGCCGGAGUCGCCGUCGGCACCAUCUUCGCCGUGUACAAACUGCCCGAGGGCGCCAAAGGCACAAAAGAAGAGAUGCUUCUACCCGGUACCGAGAUGGUGGCCUCGGGCUUCACCAUGUACGGCGCGUCCGCGCAGCUGGUGCUUACAAUGAAGGGCGGAAACGUCAAUGGCUUUACGCUCGACAACGCGUUUGGCGAGUUCAUCCUCACACAUCCCGAUAUGCGCGUACCCAAGACGAGGAGCAUUUACUCGGUCAACGAGGGUAACAGCAUGUACUGGGAAGAGCCUGUUAAGCAGUGGUGUGAGAGCUUGAAAAACCCCGCUGAGGGACAGAAGCCGUACAGUGCGAGGUACAUUGGUUCCAUGGUGGCGGAUGCGUAUCGCACGCUGCUUUAUGGUGGUAUCUUCGCGUACCCAGCGGAUAAGAAGACGCCAAAGGGCAAAUUGAGGAUUCUUUAUGAGUGUGCGCCUAUGGCUAUGGUUUUUGAGAAUGCUGGCGGUUUGGCGGUAAACAGCAAGAUGGACCGUAUGCUUGAAGUCGUCCCCGAACACAUCCACGACCGAUCGGGAAUCUUCCUUGGCUCCGAAGGUGAGGUCCAAAAGGUUAUCGAUGCGCACAAGAACUACAAGAAAUAG